UCUUCAUGAAGAAAUCAUUGACUUUUAUAAGUAUAUGUCUCCCAGACAUGAAGAAGAGAGAAUGCGGAUGGAAGUGGUAAACAGGAUAGAAAAUGUUAUAAAGGAACUCUGGCCUAAUGCAGAUGUGCAGAUAUUUGGAAGUUUUAAAACUGGUUUAUAUUUACCUACAAGUGAUAUUGAUUUAGUUGUGUUCGGAAAAUGGGAGACGUUACCUCUUUGGACCCUGGAAGAAGCUCUCAGAAAGCACAAUGUAGCAGAUGAAAACUCAGUAAAGGUUUUAGAUAAAGCAACUGUACCUAUUAUUAAACUGACAGAUUCCUUCACGGAAGUAAAAGUUGAUAUCAGUUUUAAUGUACAGAAUGGGGUUAAAGCAGCACAGCUCAUCAAAGAUUUUAUCAAGAAAUAUCCUGUAUUACCAUAUCUAGUUUUAGUAUUGAAACAGUUCCUGUUGCAGAGGGACCUUAAUGAAGUAUUCACAGGUGGAAUUGGUUCUUAUAGUCUUUUUUUAAUGGCUGUCAGUUUCCUUCAGCUGCAUCCCAGGGAAGAUGCCUGCACACCCAAUGCCAACUAUGGUGUUCUUUUAAUAGAGUUUUUUGAAUUAUAUGGACGUCACUUCAAUUAUCUGAAGACUGGAAUCCGAAUAAAGGAUGGUGGCUCUUACGUUGCCAAAGACGAAGUGCAAAAAAGCAUGCUGGAUGGCUACAGACCGUCAAUGCUGUACAUUGAAGAUCCGUUACAGCCAGGUAAUGAUGUUGGGAGGAGUUCAUAUGGUGCCAUGCAAGUGAAACAGGCUUUUGAUUAUGCCUAUGUUGUUUUGAGCCAUGCAGUUUCCCCAAUAGCUAAAUAUUAUCCCAACAACGAAACUGAAAGUAUAUUAGGUAGAAUAAUUAGAGUAACACAAGAAGUGGCUACAUAUAGAGACUGGAUAUCAAAGCAGUGGGGAAUGCAAAGUAGGACUGAGUCUUCAUGUAAUGGUAAUGGAGUAACCUUGAUAGUAGAUAAUCAGCAACUAGACAAAUGCAACAACAAUCUCGCUGAAGAGAAUGAAGCACUGGGAAAACCUAGAAAUAAAACUUCAGAAACACUUAGUAAACAUUCUUCAAAUUCUUCAUCAGGUCCCUUAUCAUCAUCAUCAUCUACACUGUCCAGCUCUAGUGACGUAGAUUCUGAUGGAACACCUUGCAAAACCUCUAAACAAUUGAGUUGUCGCCAGCCUACAACAAACAGAGUGGGGUCACAAGAAGUAUCACUGGAAUCCUCCCAGUCAAGUGGGAAAACACAAAAUAGCCAAACAGGCAAUACAUCCAGCAACACGAACAAAUCUCAGCAUGGAUCUGCACGGUUAUUUCGCUCUUCUAACAAAGGCUUCCAAGGUCCAGCAAACUCAAGCCACGGUACCUCAGUCACAAACAAACAACAUCAAGGCAGCAAAUCACACCAUCAGUAUUUCCAUGGCAAAAAGAGGAAACACAAGAGGGAUGCAGCCCUUUCAGACCUUUGUAGAUAGUUGCCUAUUUUAUGACUGUUCUUCUGUGUGCAAUGAUCUCAUGCUACGGGAUAGUUUGAUAGUGACUCCUUGGAUCUCUUCCGGAGCUUCAGACUGUUCGGACAUUGAUUAGCAACUGCAUUUUUUUUUCCCAGCUCGCCACGGAACGGAUCAUGAAGAUUGAUCACUGCAAAAAAAAAAAAAAAA